AUGGGUCACGCUAAUAUUUGGUAUUCUCACCCUCGUAGAUAUGGACAAGGUUCCAGAUCGUGCCGAGCCUGCUCAAAUAGACAUGGACUCAUCCGCAAAUAUGGUCUUAAUAUUUGCAGGCAGUGUUUUAGGGAGUACGCUAACGACAUCGGAUUCAAAAAGCUGGACUGA